ACACGAAAAAUAUUUCGUAAUGAAGAGAUAAUACUAUCCUUUUCAUAAUUUUCAUUUUAUUUACAUAAAAAUAGUUGGAACAUUCCUAAGUCAAACCUAAGCUGUCUUUCGGUUAGAUAAGUUCGUUGUUUUAUAACUAUCAUGGAGGUUACUUUUCGUUCAUUACGUACUUUCACCCGGCUUUUUCGAACGCGUUUACUUGUCUGUAGGCACAAAAGUGCUGCUAGUCUGGUUCGCAAAGAUGAACCUAAUACGGAGUUGCUGAAUUCUUUCAACGAUGAUAUAAAAAUCGGUGGGGUAGUUCCUGUGUUUCGAAAAGCUCUUCUGUUUCCUUCUCGAGUAGCUGUUCAAGACGAAUAUGGGAUCUAUACUUAUUCUGGACUAUAUCAAUCUGCUGCCGAACUUAGUAAGGAAAUAGCUAAUCAGUUGUCGGGUGAAACUGGAGAAACAGUUUCUUACAUGUGCAGUAAUGAUGCCUUACACAUCAUCGUACAAUGGGCUAUAUGGAUGAGUGGGAACAUAGCUGUGCCUCUAACACCAUUGCAUCCUCCGGAGAUGCUUAAAUACUUUCUAACAGACAGCUCUACCGAAUUAAUAAUUAGUACUCAAGAUUUUGAAAACACGCUGGCUCCUUUAGCUAAGGAUAUAAACCGGCAUCUUCUAGUCAUAACCAGAGACAAGCAAAUCACAGCUCAAUUGUACCAACCUAAUAGUGCCUUCCCACUGAAAACGGAAGAUGUUGGUUUGAACAAUAUUUGGUACGGGGAAAACGAUGCUAUGCUCAUUUAUACUAGCGGUACAACAAGCAAACCGAAAGGCGUGGUAUGGACACAUAGUAUGUUAAGUACGCAAAUAGCGUCACUACAUUCUGCCUGGCAAUACUCUAGCAAUGAUGUAGUUCUCCAUACUUUGCCUCUUCAUCAUAUUCACGGACAGUUAAACUCUGUCAAUGCGUCACUGGCUGCUGGUGCUAGAUUGCGAAUGCUGCCGUCUUUUGUAUCACAUACAGUCUGGGCACGGUUACUCGGUAUGGGCGAACAAGACGAAACUAAAGUGACAGUUUUUCACGGCGUACCGGCGAUGUACGCGAAGUUGACUGCAGAUUAUGAGAAAAUGUUCGGAAGUACUAAGACAGCACAGUACGUUAAAACGACUUUGGCAUCUAGAAUGCGGCUAAUGUGUGCUGGUUCUGCGCCGUUGCCAGAUACCUUAUUCCAUAAAUGGGAAGAGAUCUCUGGUCUCCGCCUUCUCGAACGUUACGGCAUGUCAGAAGUUGGUAUGGCGUUAAGCAAUCCGUACUUGCCAAUUGAAGACAGAACUGUUGGGUAUGUCGGUCUGCCGUUGCCCGGAGUGUCAGCUAGAAUAGCUGCGGUUGAUGAAAAGACAGGAAAACUACAAAAUCUAGUCACUGUGGAAACACCCUUACCUGACAGUCAAAUUGAAAUUUCUCUGGACCGUCUGAGUAAUAAAGAUUUUUUUUCUUCUCACGACGGGUGGGAACAACCAAAGGUCAUUAAACACACAGAGAAUUCUGAUGACACUUACGUCGGAGAGUUGUUGCUAAAAGGAAAUUCAGUUUUCUCUAGGUACUGGAACAGGACUCCAAAACUCGAUGAUUCCGAAUUCAUAGAUGACGAAUGGUUCCGCACGGGCGAUACGGCAUCCUUCACAGGCGGAAAAUUCAGGAUACUUGGCCGCACUUCCGUGGACAUUAUCAAGACCAGUGGGUAUAAAGUCAGCGCUUUGCAGGUUGAAUCGGCAAUACUCGAAAAUCCAAAUAUAGCCGAUGCGGCCGUUCUAGGCAUCAAACACACAGACUAUGGCGAAACAGUAGGCGCCGUAGUUGUCCUCAAAGGAGGUAAGCUAAGUCUUCAGGACCUCCAGGAAGCCUUAGCAACGAAACUGGCUCCAUACCAACUACCUAGGACUUUCGUCGUGGUGGAACAAAUGCCCAGGAACGCUAUGGGGAAAUUAGAUAAGAAAGAGAUAAGGAAACUGUAUGAAAAGGACUUGGUGCUAACGAAGAACGAAAAAUAGAUUGUGAUAGGCAUUUUGGGAUCUUAAACAAAAUAUUCUGGGUUUUAUUAAAGGUAGAUAAGUUUGAUUUUGACUAAUGCCACAUUCGUAACUUACUAUAUCACAGACCACUAAAGUUAAAGACUUCGCUUAGUCGCGCGAUUCCCGUAUAACGCGAUGACUAUAAAUUUGAGACACGCGUCUAGUACUAAGUUCAGGACAGUUUUAAGUAUGAAAAAAUGCUUCACUGUUGCGUAAAAUUUUAUGGAAGAAACA